CCCACACACACACACACAUAUAUAUAUAUAUAUAUAUAUAUAUGGCUAUGGAGGGUGAAGAAAAGGGAUACACAGAAGAUGGAACUGUAGAUCUCAAAGGCAACCCCAUACUUAGAUCCAAGAGAGGUGGAUGGACUGCUUGUUUCUUCAUUGUUGUGUACGAAGUGUUCGAGCGCAUGGCGUAUUAUGGGAUAUCCUCGAAUCUGUUCAUUUAUUUGACCAAGAAACUGCACCAGGGCACUGUGAGGUCGGCCAAUAAUGUCACCAAUUGGGUGGGAACCAUCGGCCGCUACUGGACUUUUCUCAUUGCUUCUGCAAUCUAUCUCUCGGGAAUGUCCCUCCUAACACUCUCAGUAUCAGUAGAUCCACUGAGGCCAGCUCCAUGUUCAGAUCCAACCGGUGCCAAUUGCAAGAAGGCCACACCACUGCAACUGGCUGUGUUCUUUGGUGCACUCUACACAUUGUCACUGGGCACCGGCGGAACGAAGCCCAACAUCUCGACGAUCGGGGCGGACCAGUUCGAUGAGUUCGACCCCAAGGAGAAAGCUCACAAGCUCUCCUUCUUCAACUGGUGGAUGUUCAGUAUCUUCUUCGGUACGUUAUUCGCAAACACGGUGCUUGUCUACAUACAAGACAAUGUCGGGUGGACCCUAGGGUACGGGCUCCCGACCGUUGGUCUGGCCAUAUCUAUAGCCAUAUUCUUGGCUGGGACCCCAUUUUAUAGGCAUAAGUUGCCCACGGGCAGCCCUUUUACUAAGAUGGCUAAGGUCGUUGUGGCUGCACUACGAAAGUGGAGCGUGCCUAUCCCCACCGACCCUAAAGAGCUGUACGAGCUUGAUUUGGAGGAGUAUGCUAAGAAAGGGAAGUAUCGGAUCGAUUCUACGCCCACAUUGAGGUUCCUCAACAAAGCCUGUGUGAAAACAGGUUCCACCAGCCCCUGGAUGCUGUGCUCAGUCACACAAGUCGAAGAAACCAAGCAAAUGCUGAGAAUGAUCCCGGUUCUGAUAGCCACCUUCGUCCCAAGCACGAUGAUAGCUCAAAUCGGCACCCUUUUUGUCAAGCAAGGCACGACCCUCAACCGAAACAUCCGCAACUUCAAGAUCCCUCCCGCCAGCCUAGCCGGAUUCGUCACCAUAUCCAUGCUAAUAUCUGUCGUGCUGUACGACCGUUUCUUCGUGAAAAUUCUUAAAAAAUGGACAAAAAACCCUAGAGGCAUCAGCCUUCUCCAGAGAAUGGGAAUUGGGCUGGUUUUUCACAUAGUGAUCAUGGUAGUCGCCUCGUUGACAGAACGACAUAGGCUCGAUGUCGCCAGGGCCAACGGCCUGGUCGAGAAUGGGAAUCAGGUCCCAUUGUCCAUCUUUAUUUUGCUGCCUCAGUUCGUACUAAUGGGGACUGCUGAUGCGUUCUUGGAGGUUGCCAAGAUUGAGUUCUUCUACGACCAGGCGCCGGAGAGCAUGAAGAGCUUAGGGACGUCGUAUUCGAUGGUUAGCCUUGGAGCUGGGAAUUUCAUCAGCAGCUUCCUGUUGUCCACAGUGUCGAAAAUCACAAGGGGGGACGGGCACGAGGGGUGGAUUCGGAACAACCUGAACGCGUCCCAUUUGGACUAUUACUAUGCCUUCUUCGCGAUAUUGAACUUCUUGAACUUCCUCUUGUUCGUGGUUGUGGUCAGGGCUUAUGUGUAUAAGGCAGAAGUUUCAGACUCGAUGAGAGUGCUUAGAGAGGAACUGGUGGCCUCAAGGCUAAAGGUGACUAAUGAACAAGCAGUAACGAACUAGCAGUGAUAUGCCAAAGGCCCAAAGGAAACUAUUGUUAUAAUG